UAUCGUCAACAAAUUUCUGAACAUUCUCAGCCCAAACCUGUAUUUCACCACAUCCUACAAACAAUUGUCGGUAUAUAGGCCGGCACUGCACUGGUGCGUAGCGGCGCAAGACUUUAAUACUGCUUUCGACUAUUUCACUCAUUACUAAUUUUAUUCGAUACAUUCAACAUUCGAAUGAUCUGAAUCAUUCGAAUGAUUCCAUUUGAUAUCUCGAGAUAUCUCGAGUGAUUGCAAUAAUCGAAUGACCGAUUAUUUUUAAUUCGAAUGAUCCCAUCACUGACCAAAACUAAGAAGAAGAACCCAAAUUAACCAAUAACCUAUUCUUGUAAGAUACAUCGUAAAUCCGAAAUAUAUCUUAUUCCAUAUUAAAGGCCAAAUAAUUGUGAUAUAAAUGAAUAUUUUUGGAUUCCAGUUUAAAGUUUGAUAUAGAUGAUUGAGAGGAGACAAGGUUUAAGAUUUUAGCAGUGAAUUAUUUAUCAAUACCGAAAUGGAUCCUUCAACUGAAAUCAGGAAAUUAGGACCCAAAGAUGUUACUAUGUUAUCUUCGAUUCUGGAUCAGAAUGACCAGUGGAGAUGCUUGAUGAGUAUUAUUCCAGAAUUUCUUCAACGGAAUGACUACAGAUGUGAUAUUUCCGAUAAUAAUCCUCCGAAAUAUGAUUCUGAACAUUUCAGAAUCCUCGAUGAAUUGAAAAAGUCGGGCAGAAAGUGUACUGAAGUGCUACUAUCUGAGUGGGGUUGCUCAGGUAGAAUUCGGCCAACAAUUGGCCAUCUGUUAUACCUUUUGGUUAAGGCAAACCUUUUUAGAGCAGCAGAUUACGUUGCAAUGGAUUUACUGCAUCAAGAAAAACCAAAAAGACCCUGCAAUGGCCCAGAAGCUCAAAUUUCUCCAAAUUUGUUGCGGAAAGAGACUAGUCAUGACCAGAAAUUUUCGACAGACAAUCAUACUGCCCGAAACAUACACCAACGAAUUCCGGAGAUUAUAAUCACUGAUGCUAACCAAGAAGGAGUGACUAAGGCUGUUAAAGCUUUUCCUGCUGAUAUGAUUGAGUUCUCUAGUAGUUCUAUUCAUGAUAAUAUUGAAGCGACUCUUAGUGAUUUUCCAGUCAUGGUUAACCAUUCAAAUUCAAGUUUUGAAUCGAAUACAGGUGUUGACAAGGAAGUUAUAUCAUAUUUCAGUGCACCAGCUGUUCCUGAAACAACGGAAGCAGUGGAAACAUCUGUUUCUGAUAUGAUUGAAUUCUCCAAUAUGAUUCCAGUAGGUGUUGAAGAAAUAAAUUUUGCUCCUCCGGCUAGGAUUACUGUCUCAAGUGCUCCUGCAACAAACGAGAGGUCAAAAACUCAAAAUUUCAGUGAUGUGAAUGAAUUAGAAAGCAAAGAAAACAACUCUCAUAUGUAUAAUAUUCCUGACUUGACGGGGCUGAAUUUCAAUUCCGGAACUAAGGUAGAAUGUGACCCCCCAACUUCAUUAGAAGAGAGUGUGAUGUUUCCUGCCAUAUCUGUGUCACACAAUGAAUGUGAAUUCGAAGAUUCGAAUUUUUUACCAGCUUUAUCAAAAUUACAUCUGAACAGUAAUUUAGGAAGUGUUACUCUGGAUAUUUCUUCCCAGGGAUCUUCAGAUGAUUCUAUUGGUUCUGCUUCGUGUGCAUCACCAUUACCAGUUCUCUCAUUGGACACUAGACUUCCUCAUUUCAACUAUUCUAGCUUGUUGACUGCUACAAACAAUUUUGAUAUUCGCCCCUUCAGUGGACCCAACGAGGGAGGCAGACUGUUGGGUUCUGGUGAAUUUGGAUCUGUCUUUCUCGCACUGGGAUUAUUAGAUAAACCUGUUGCUGUUAAGAAACUAUUUCUGGAAAACGAAGUUGUCAGUGUUGAUGAUGAGGUGACUAAGCAAUUCCGUAAUGAAGUAGAAGUUUUGAGCAAAUAUAAGCAUGAAAAUUUGCUGAAUUUACUUGGAUUUUCGUGUGAUGGUUGUACAUACUGUUUACUGUAUGAUUUUAUUCCUGGAGGGUCACUUAAAAAUAGAUUACAGGAGCCUGAAAAUGUACUGAAAUGGAAGUCCAGACUCAGUAUAUCUAUUGGAAUAUCAAAGGCAGUUUCUUACCUGCAUGCUGCUUUUGCCACUCCCCUUAUUCACAGAGAUAUUAACUCGUCUAACAUUUUACUUGUUUCAGACAACAAUCCAAAGUUGGCUGAUUUUGGCUUGAUUAAACUAAUUCCCAAUCAAAAUAAUGCUGUUGCGACUAUGGUCUAUGGAACAUCUGCUUACAUGGCUCGUGAAGCAUUCGGAGGAGAUAUAUCUGUAAAGCUGGAUACAUUCAGUUUUGGAGUUGUCCUUCUGGAAUUGAUCACAUCUCUGCCCCCUUUAGAUGAUAACAGGACGGGGAAUGAUUUGGUAACACAUAUUGAAGAAACUAUUGAUGAUGAUAACAUACUUCCUUUGGUAGAUAAUAGGGCAGGUAGCUGGGAAGAGGAAAAUGUGAAUUAUGCUGUAGAACUUUUUAAAGUUGCCCAAAGCUGUUUGAAAGAAAAACGAAAAAGACCAACUAUGGUGGAUGUUAAAAUGACAUUAGAUGAACUAACUAAAAAUGUGAAUCUUGUAGAAUUCUGAUAUUUCACUGUAUGGAGUACUUUCAAUUUUUUGCUAGACAAAGUAUCAACAAAUACCGUCCCUUUUCAAAUUAAUAAUGGUGUUUCAACAAUCAUUAUUGUGAUAUGGAAUUUUAAAUAAUGAAGUUAUUGAUGAAAGAGAGUAAUUUCAAUUGAAGAAACGGUCUACUACAUUCAACCAGUUUUAUAUGGAUCUUAUAUUUUCUAAUUGAAAUAUUUUGUUCAAUCAGAACAUGCCAGUUAUGAGCAACAGAAAUAAUAUAAUAAACUUAUGUAUUCUAUUAAAAUAUGUUUAUACUGAUUAUGAAAUUUAAUGAAAUAUUUUAAUGCUUAUUAUUAUACAAUAUGUUCAAGAUAAGGAGGAACAUCAUGCAAAAAUCAAAAACCACAAGACGUUAAAAAAUUCAGAAAAUUACGAUCAGUGAAGUUGUUGCCAAAAAAGAUAAAUGAGUUGACUUAAGCUGUCUAGUACCUACCUGCUUGUUUCAUCAUUCAAGUCAAAAUUAUCAAUUCGGUAUAUUAUCUUGAAACACUAUCACUGUAUCUGUUCGAUGCUUUCCAUACCAUGGUGCAAGUGGCAUAAGACAAAAAAAAAGGAUCAUCCCCAUUUGACUCCGGCCCUAUGACACGUUGAGUUACAGUCAGCCUGUCAAUUAUGCGAAGACAUCCAUACAAAAGAAAAAUUUAAUUUAAUAAAAUAACUGUAACUUUAUUUCUUGGAUCAAUGGAUUAUAAUACAGUCUCUUCGUUUUUGUAUCUGUUACCGUAUAACUAUUAUUAAAAUGAAAUUUCUGUUCUUUGCCAGAGUUGCUGUAGCAUUUAAUAGUGAACAAAGCUUGUAUGAUGAAUUCAGUGUUGAAACAUAUGUAAAAUAAAUCAGAUUUUUGCACUGUGAUGAACAGAAAUUAACUGAUUUUGGGUACUGCAAGUAAAUCUGGUCUUUUUCAAGAAAUUAUUUACAAAAAACACUUUUGGAUACUGAGAAAAAUCUCCUUUUCAAAAUUGUACAUACAAUUAUUCAUAAAAAAAAAUGGCUCAAAAAUAAUUCCUCAUUUAUAUGAAACAUAAUAAAGGCUGGCUUUCAGAAUUUGUAACUAGUGUUUCGAUGAAUUUAUUCUAACUUCUGAAGGACUUAUACUUCAAUCAAAACAAUCUGUCAUAUAGAUUACGUAAUAUUUUGAAUACUUUUUUGUACUGUUAUUUAUAUAGACAUGUUUCAAUGUGAAAAUAUAUUUAUUUUAAUAUGU